UCAGCAAUGCGCCGGGAUGAGAGACGGCGAAGGUUCCAUGAUGGCCUUCUUAAGAUGCUUUACCCAUCUCCACCCCCUCCGUCUCAGGUACUUUCUCUCGCUUUCUCUUUUUUUUCUUCCCUUCACCAUUCUUAUACUACCAAAAAUACAGCAAGAAGACGGGGACAAACUGCUCGACAUAUCGCCGAAAGGCUUGGAUGAUGUGGAUCCUGAACCAGAUGCAGAUGAUUUGAAGGAGAAUAGUUCGUCAGCAAGCGACGAGGACGAUGAAUGUGCGCCUCAGAAGCUCACUAGAGCCCAGAGGAAGAGACUUCGUCAGAAAAAGUUGAAGGAAACCGCUUCCUACCGCCGGAAAAUUAUUGGGCCGCAGUUACCUUCACCAAGUGGCGGUGAUCUUGAAGAUAAACCUCCAAAAAUUCCACAUAGUGCGGCUGAUGAACUCGUUGAUGCAAUGGGAAAACCUGGCAACACCCCUACACGUAGAAACCAGACCAAACUAAAGCAGAGGAGGAUGGCUAAAAAGCUGGCCAGGGAAAGGGAGAAGUCCUCCAACAUGGAGAAUUGCAAUGAGGAUGGGUGCCCCCAUAGUACAGAUGGAAGUCUCACCUGAAACAACUUUGAUACCAUGGCAACAGUUUCUCCGGUUGUGUAAUCUCAGAGGGACGUGGAGGCUAAAGGAAACCACCAGUAGAGUUUUCCAAAUGAUACAAGUGGAUUGACUGAAGUGGGAACCGCUAAAUGCCUCAGUUUGUAAAAUGGUAAUCAUGGGGCCAGCCUGCUGCUGAGGCUGAUGCCUCGGAAGAAUUACAAGAAAGUAGAGUGUAACUUGAAGAGAUUGUUGUGCCAAUGGAGAACCAUCAAUUUCUUUCUGAAUUACUGGAGGGUCUAUUGAAGUUUCAAACAUCAUUUAUGUGCCUGAUAAGCUUUAUUGCAAAUACCUAUCAACAGCUGCAAUAAUUGCUAUUCCGGAAGAACUGCAAGACUUCCAGGAAAAGCUAUUGGUUUCUAAUCACCCAAAUUGUUCAUCUAUGCUCAGAUCAGAGGCCUUGUUUAUUUGAAGUUUA